AUGGCGUCCGCAACCCCCCUCCGCCGCGAACAGCCGCCCUGGUCCGCCCCCGAAUCGUCCGCGCCGCUGCCCCCUCUCUCCAUCUACAACACGCUCACGCGCAAGAAGGACGCAUUCAUGCCGAUCGACAAGAGCGGGAAGAAGGUGACGUGGUACUGUUGCGGGCCGACAGUUUACGAUGCGGCACAUCUCGGCCAUGCGCGGAACUAUGUCACCACCGAUGUGCUGCGCAGGAUCAUGCGGGACUACUUUGGCUUCGAUGUGACGUUCGUGCAGAACGUGACCGAUGUCGAUGACAAGAUCAUCUUGCGCGCCCGCCAGAAACACCUUCUGGACGAGUUCGCGGGACUGAACCCCAGCGUCACAGCGGAGGUCCUGGAAACGGCGGGAAAGGCGUGGCACGCCUACUUCGACAAGAACGCUGCUCUGGACCCGGAGGACUUGGGAACGACUCCGGAGCAGUUUGACGCAUGGUCAGAGAGCAAGCACGGAAUCCUGAUGGAGCUCAUCGCGAAGGAGGCUAGCAAGUCCGGAUUCUACGCUGCCACCACGUCGGUGCUCCUGCCAUACCUCGACUCACUGCACAAGAACCGCGACUUCGAGCCCGCCGUCUUCGCGAAGCUCUCGAGCUACUGGGAACGCCACUUCAACGAGGACAUGGCAACCCUCAAUGUCCUUCCUCCUACCGUGGUGACCCGCGUCUCGGAGUUCAUCCCCGAGAACGUCGAGUUCGUUCGCAAGCUCGUCGAGAAGGGAUUCGCGUACCCGACCGCUGACGGAUCAAGUUUGAUCGCGGAUGGAGAAGGAGCCCUCGCCUCAUCCAAGGCCUCCACCCUCCCCAACACCGUCAACACUUCUCUUCCCGAGACGAAAAAGUCCAAGCACGACUUCGCCCUCUGGAAGGCAUCGAAGGCCGGCGAGCCAUCGUGGGAGAGCCCGUGGGGCAAGGGCAGGCCCGGUUGGCACAUCGAGUGCUCGGUGAUGUGCUCCGCCGUUCUCGGCGAGCAGAUCGACAUUCACUCCGGCGGCGUGGACCUCGCCUUCCCCCACCACGACAACGAGAUCGCACAGAGCGAAGCCUACUGGGACUGUGCCGACGGCAAGUGCGCCACCGCCGACGGGAAGCACCAGUGGAUCAACUACUUCCUACACAUGGGCCACCUACAGAUCCACGGCAGCAAGAUGUCCAAGUCGCUCAAGAACUUUGUUUCCGUCCGCGAUGCGCUGCAGCGCGGGGGGUGGACCGCCCGCGGUCUCCGUAUCGUAUUCCUCCUCGGCGGAUGGAAGGAGGGAAUCGAGGUGCGCGAGGGCGUCCUCGCCGAAGCCAAGAGCUGGGAAACGGUGGUUAACAAAUUCUUCACCAACGUCAAAGCGCUCAUGACGGAAGAGGAGCUCGCGGAGGUGGCUGGCAAGCCUGCUCCGCAGCCCUACGGCGCGCUCGAACACUCGCUCGCCAAGUCUCUCGACGACGCGCGCCGGAAGCUCGACCUCGCGCUCUGCGACAGCUUCAACACCGCCGAGGCCAUGGGCGUCCUCCUCGAGCUGAUCAGCGCCACGAACAUUUACAUGAAAUCGACGGCGUCGCUGGCGAUCGUCAAGGAAGUCGCGCGCUGGAUCACCCGUGUCACCACCAUCUUCGGCCUCGACUCGACUCCCACCUCCACCGUCGGCUGGACCACCGAAGCCACCGCCGCCGCCAACGCCGAGGAGGCCGCUAUGCCGUACAUCCGGCUGCUCUCGUCCUUCCGCGACAGCAUCCGCACCAUCGCGAUCGCCGACCCCGCCUCCGCCAGUUCCAGGGAGAUCCUCUCGCUGUGCGACCGGCUCCGCGAUAUCGAGCUCGCCGACCUCGGCGUCUCCCUCGACGACCGUGACGCCAGCCGUCCCGCGCUAGUGAAGUUCGUCCCCGCCGAGGAGCUGCGCGCCGCCAGGGAGGAAAAGGAGCGAAAACUGGCCGAGAAGGACGCCAAGAAGGAGGAGGCCAGGAGGAAGCGCGAGGAGGAGGACAGAAAGAAGGAUGAGGCCGCAAAAGUCGAUCCUACGACGAUGUUCAGAACGCCGGAAUGGAGCGAGUGGGAUGCGGACGGAAUGCCCACGAAAGAUGCGAAGGGCGAGGAGGUCACGAAGUCCAGGAGUAAGGCGCUCAAGAAGCUCUGGGACAGGCAGAAGAAGGCCCAUGACGCUUGGAAGGCGAAGCAGUAG